UAAACAAUGUAAGCCUAUCCUUUAAAUGGAUGAGACAUACAUGGAUGAGACAGUAGUGAGGAGAACUAAAGGUGCAUAAGGAGGGACGUGAGUGAGUAAAAAGAGAGUGCUGCAGAGCAACGGUCUACAUUGACAGCAGAUAUGGGAUCAGGUCGGGUGAUGUGUCAGACCCAGCUGUGGCUUCUGGCCUUUCUGGCCUUUUCUUCUCUGGCUUUUUUAACUGAUGGAUCUCCAUUGAAGGUGAUGUCUGCCCCCAACUUGUUGCGGGUUGGAACACCGGUAAACAUCUUUGUGGAGUGUCAAGACUGCACUGAUGAUAAGAACAUCACGGUAGAAAUCAUCGUGGUGACCUAUCCAACCAAAACCAAAAGGCUGACAUCCACAUCUGUGACCCUUACCAGUGCAAAGAAAUUCCAGGACUUUGGACAAAUCAAUAUCCCUGCUGGAGAAUUUAGUCAGGAUCCUAACAUAAAGCAGCAUGUGUACCUGCAAGCUCAGUUCCCUGAUGUAAAGCUGGAGAAACUCGUCUUACUGUCCUUCCAGUCUGGGUACAUCUACAUCCAGACUGACAAGACCCUCUACACCCCCGACAGCAAAGCUGAUUCCGGUGCUGAGAAACCCAACAUUAAUAAAACACACCUGUCUUGAUUGUUGUUGUUUUUUCCUUUUUCAACCUU